AUGGCUCCGUCCACGCCGCUCCUGGCUGUCCGAGGAUCUGAAGGACUCUACCUGGUGAAUGGACCACCACAUUUUACAGAAAGCACAGUGUUUCAAAGGGAAUCUGGGAAGAAUUGCAAAGUCUAUACCUUCAGUAAAGAUGGAACCUUGUUUGCCUGGGGCAAUGGAGAAAAAGUAAAUAUUAUCAGUAUCACUAACAAGGAACUACUGCAUUCCUUCGACCUUCCAAAGACAGUUUGCCUUGAGUUCUCGCCAAAAAACACCAUCCUGGCAACAUGGCAGGCUUAUUCUACUUCAAAAGAUGGCACAGCUGGGGCACCCAACUUACAACUUUAUGAUGUAAAAACUGGAACAUGUUUGAAGUCUUUCAUCCAGAAAAAAAUGCAAAAUUGGUGUCCGUCCUGGUCAGAAGAUGAAGCUAUUUGUGCCAGAAAUGUUAACAAUGAAGUUCACUUCUUUGAAAACAACAAUUUUAGUACAAUCACAAAUAAACUACAUUUGCAAAAAAUUAACGAUUUUGUACUAUCACCUGGACCUCAGCCAUACAAGGUGGCUGUCUAUGUUCCAGGAAGUAAGGGUGCGCCAUCAUUUGUUAGACUAUAUCGGUACCCCAACUUUAGUGGACCUCAUGCAGCCUUAGCCAACAAGAGCUUCUUUAAAGCUGAUAAGGUUACAAUGCUGUGGAAUAAAAAAGCCACGGCUGUGUUAGUAAUAGCUAGUACAGAUGUUGACAAGACAGGAGCUUCCUACUAUGGGGAACAGACUCUGCACUACAUCGGGACAAAUGGAGAAAGUGCUGUCGUAAAAUUACCCAAAGAUGGUCCUAUUUAUGAUGUUGUUUGGAGUUCUUGUUCUACCAAGUUUUGUGCUGUUUAUGGUUUUAUGCCUGCCAAAGCAACAAUUUUCAACCUGAAAUGCGACCCUGUAUUUGACUUUGGAACUGGUCCUCGAAAUGCAGCCUACUACAGCCCUCAUGGACAUAUAUUAGUAUUAGCUGGAUUUGGAAAUCUAAGAGGACAAAUGGAAGUGUGGGAUGUUAAAAACUACAAACUUAUUUCUAAACCAGUGGCCUCUGAUUCUACGUAUUUUGCUUGGUGUGCAGAUGGGGAACAUAUUUUAACAGCCACGUGUGCUCCCAGAUUGCGUGUUAAUAAUGGGUACAAGAUUUGGCAUUAUACUGGCUCUGUCUUACACAAAUAUGAUGUAGCAUCAAAUGCAGAAAUAUGGCAGGUUACGUGGCAGCCAUUUUUAGAUGGAGUAUUUCCAGCAAAAACAAUAAAGUACCAAGCAGUUCCAAGUGAAGUACCCAGUGAAGAACCUAAAGUUGCAACAGCUUAUAGACCCCCAGCUUUAAGAAAUAAGCCAGUCACCAGUACCAAACUGCAUGAGGUGGAACCACCCCAGAAUAUGAAGCCACAAUCAGGAAAUGAUAAGCCUUUAUCAAAGACAGCCCUUAAAAAUCAACGGAAGCAUAAACUGAAAGCAAUUGAACAACUGAAAGAACAAGCAGCAGCUGGGAAGCAACUGGAAAAAAAUCAGUUGGAGAAAAUUCAAAAGGAGAAAGCCCUCCUUCAAGAACUGGAAGAUUUGGAACUGGGUAUUUAA